AUGGAAGAUGACUCCGUCCAUAAUAAGCGUCGUGUAAGGACACUUCCUCCUUCUGCACACUCAUCCUCCGAGCUCUAUCAGGUCGCCCGACAGCGCAGCCUGUUCCCGUCACUCCUGCAGGGGGCGUCGUGGACUCGCGCAGCGCCGUUUAAAGAGACGCGCUACCACCGCACGCCCACCGAGAGCAUCGGCAACAUGUACAGCCCACGCGCACGCCCCCUGAAGAUCUCACACCUGCAGCGCAGACACAGAACACAUGGCCCACAUGAACAUGUCUCAACUACUGCCUGUGUUCAGCAAAGAAGAAGGAACCAUGAACCUCACAGGAGGGUCAUGACACCUGUUAGUCGACCUUUAACCCCCAGCCAGCAGCUAGAGGUCAUGAGGGCUCAGGAGGAUCAGGAGAACAGUAGCCUGGGAGAACCCAUCUCGAGAGAUGUAGAGAGGUACAUGUACUAUAUCAGUAAUGGCGUUCAGGAGCAUAUGCUCACCCCUCAACCAGCCCAGCAAAUCACCAACAUCCUUAAGCUACUGCCCAACCAUCUCCAUGGAGACGAGAUACUGGGCUUGCGUGUAGAGCUUCUGGAGGAGGUACAAAGAGACUACACCUUCAGCAUCCGCAAGAGUAUUGUGGAUUAUAUCCUGGAGGAUCCAGAUGAGAGGGUCAGGUUGUUUAUCUGCAACAUUCCUCGCCCGUUUCCAUGGCGAGUUAUUCGUGGGCCAGUUCCUUGGUCGCUAAGUUACCAAGAGGCUCAUAGCUGGACCACCCAACAUCUUUUCACCAUCAAUCCCAUGAUGCUCAAGUUACAGGACCUUUGGAUAAACAAUUUCUCCUCUCUGCGUUUCGUACGGACCAGCCUGUUCUCGGCUUGUUCAAAUCUGCCACUGCUGCCAGCUGAGCUCCAGAAACUGGUGCAUAGCCAGUGUCAGACUGCACGGGAUGAGCUCGUCAACACAUGGAUUCCCUGCUGUGCGUCUCUCUUUGUCACCUUUAAGGAUCUGUGGUUGCCUCUGGUGCCAGAGAGCGACCAUGUUGCCCCAGUAACAGCGCAGGAGUUCUUCUCCUGCGUGGCUGCGCUCAUGUCACUGCAGCUGCGCAGCCUGGUCAGCUCAUCACUGCAUGACCUGCUGGACUCUCUCACACUGUACCAGAACGGUAACGAUUUCGGCGAGUCUUUCGAGGACUUGCAGUUCACUCAGCGUCCACUGCUGUUGGUCAAGUUGAAGGUGGAGGAGUCCAGGGUCUCCAUCCAUCCCUCAGUGUCCCAGUGCUGGGAUGUUCUCCAGCAGGCCUUCGUCCACAUCGCCAGCAGCGCCCAGAACCUGCCCCGGGUGGAGUGUAUCAUCUUCCCAGAGCUCCAGGAUAAGGGUUUAACUCUGCGCUCAGUCAGACCUGACGAAUCGCUUGUGUCAGACCUGCUCAGCCGAGCCAGAGACAUCUUUCAGAAGAACACUGUUGGGCCACAGAGGUAUCUGGAUGUGUAUAAGAAAUACAGUAAUCUGUUGGAUACUUCAGCCAGACAGGAGGUCCUUUCUUUUCUCAAGGAAAAACAUUCUCUGCAGGGCUUCACCAAAAAGAUCAGAGCAGUGGCAAGAGUGUGGGAGGAGAUCGCAUCGCUGCGGGUGACAGUUCCCUUGGCAAUGUUCUGCCUGGAGGCUGUGGAUCUCCACGACAACCUGUGUGAUCGCACAGAGCUCCUCAAAGAAUUGCUUAUCACCUAUGAGCUGGAGGAGAAUCGAGACCUCAACAAGAGGAUCUGUCAGCAGUACGAGCAGAUAGUCGACACACUAAUGCGUAUACCCCAGAGCACCGAGGAGAUGGUGGAGCUCGGUGUCUUCCUGAAGCGCACGAGUGACGUCACCGUGCACACACUCCGCCAGGAGACAGAGGAAGCUGCCUGCCGCCUCGACUUCCUGCUGGACUAUGCCACCCUGACAGGGGAGGACAUUAAGUUAAAUAGUAGUGUAUUCCACUGGCCGCAACAGAUAAUGUCUGUGUGUGAGACCAGUAAAGACAAACUUGCCAGCCACAGAGAGCACACAGAGGAGAGCCUGCUCAUGAGGAUCACAGAGCUGGAACAUUCUCUGCAGGCUGUGGCAAAGGAGUUGGAGACCUUUAAGAAGAAGGAGCUGAUGAGUGAGGAGGAGAUGAAGAACAAUGUGGAGAAACUGAAUGAGCUUACAGCCUGUCUGGAGACUGCUGUCACAACGCUGGAGUAUAUCAAUAAGGAGGAGAGUUUGUUGGAGGAAGGGCAGAGUGAGUUUCCCCUUCUGCAGACGCUCAUGACCAGUAAAGAGACUUAUGAUCAGCUGUGGAACACUGUCCUCUCUUUCCACAAUAAACACCACAUCUGGAUGAAUGGGCCCUUCGUCCAGCUGGAUGCGGAGCAGAUCUCGGACGAGCUGAGCUCAAUGUGUAGGACUUUGUAUAAACUGGCCAAGACCUUCGGGGAUCUGGCUGCUCCGCGCCGCGUGGCUGACGCCUUCCGUCUCAGGAUGGACAAGUUCCAGGCACACCUGCCCAUCCUGACCGCCAUCUGCAGCCCGGGCAUCAAAGCCCGCCACUGGGAACAGAUCAGCACUGUCGUGGGGUUCGACGUGAAGCCAGAUGCAGAUGCUUCUCUCCUCAGCAUGGUGGAGCUCGGCUUGUCCAAGUUUGCUGACAAGCUGGAGGAGAUCGGUGCAUCUGCCAAUAAGGAGUACUCGUUGGAGAAAGCGCUGGAGAAGAUGAAGAAUGAGUUGGCAGAACUCCGGUUUGGGUUCACACAGUACAGAGACACGGGCACAAGUGUGGUCUCUGCAGUGGAUGACAUUCAGGUAUUGUUGGAUGAUCACAUCAUUAAGACUCAGACAAUGAGGGGAUCUCCAUUCAUCAAACCUAUCGAGGCAGAGUACAAGCUCUGGGAGGAGAAGCUCCUUCGGGUCCAGGACAUCCUGGAUGCCAUGCUGAAGUGUCAGGCCACCUGGCUCUACUUGGAGCCCAUCUUCAGCUCAGAGGACAUCAUCACCCAGAUGCCCGAAGAGGGCCGCAAGUUCACCAUAGUGGACAGUUACUGGAGGGACUUUAUCAGUGAAGCGCUGAAAGACACACGUGUGCCGGUGGUUACAGAGCAGCCCAACAUUUUGAGUCGUCUGCAGGAGUCAAACAUCCACUUGGAAGACAUUCAGCGAGGCCUCAAUACAUACCUGGAACAGAAGAGACUCUUCUUCCCGAGAUUCUUCUUCUUGUCUAACGAUGAGCUGUUAGAGAUCCUGUCCGAAACCAAGGACCCCCUACGCGUGCAGCCCCACCUGAAGAAGUGUUUUGAGGGCAUCGCUAAGCUAGACUUCUCCCCCGACCUGGAGAUCACGGGCAUGAUCAGCUCAGAGAAAGAGACGGUCCCCUUCUCUGGCACCAUUUACCCGGCCAAGGCCAAGGGCAUGGUGGAGAAAUGGCUUCUGCAAGUGGAGAACAUGAUGCUGACUAGUGUGAGAGAUGUCAUACAACAGGGAGCAGAGCAGUACCCUCAGGUUCCUAGAAAGAAAUGGGUGUUGCAGUGGCCUGGUCAGGUUGUCAUUUGUGCUUCUUCCAUUUUUUGGACCAGUGAAGUGUCUCAUGCUAUACAGAAUAACACACUACCGGCAUACAUGGAGCAGUGUAACGCUCAGAUUGCAGACAUUGUUGAGCUGGUUAGAGGGAAACUGUCAGGAGGGGCCCGGAUGACUCUUGGAGCUCUUACUGUCAUUGAUGUGCAUGCACGCGAUGUGGUGGCAAAGCUAUCGCAGGAUGGCGUGUCGUCGCUGAACGACUUCCAGUGGGUGUCGCAGCUGCGAUAUUACUGGGAGGAGGAGCAGGUGGUAGUGAGGAUGAUCUCCACCCAGGUCACCUAUGGAUACGAGUACCUGGGGAACUCACCACGCCUGGUCAUUACCCCACUCACUGACCGCUGCUACAGGACUCUAAUGGGAGCUCUGAAACUCAAUCUGGGUGGAGCUCCGGAAGGACCUGCAGGAACUGGAAAAACAGAAACGACCAAAGACCUGGCCAAGGCCAUCGCUAAACAAUGUGUGGUGUUUAACUGUUCAGAUGGACUGGAUUAUAAAGCGAUGAGUAAGUUCUUUAAGGGUUUGGCCCAGUCUGGGGCGUGGGCCUGCUUCGAUGAGUUCAACCGGAUUGAGGUGGAGGUAUUGUCAGUCGUGGCCCAGCAGGUGUUAAGUAUCCAGCAGGCCAUCGCACAGAACCUGAAGCGUUUUCUAUUUGAGGGGACGGAGCUGUCACUGAACCCCACCUGCUGCGUAUUUAUCACCAUGAACCCAGGAUAUGCUGGCCGAGCAGAGCUGCCUGAUAACCUUAAAGCCCUGUUUCGUACCGUAGCCAUGAUGGUACCAGACUAUGGACUGAUAGGAGAGAUCUCACUCUAUUCCAUGGGCUUCAUACAGUCACCGAGCCUGGCGCAGAAGAUUGUGGCAACAUACCGGCUGUGUUCGGAACAGCUGUCCUCUCAGCACCACUAUGACUACGGCAUGCGCGCCGUCAAAUCGGUCCUGACCGCAGCGGGGACCCUCAAACUAAAGUACCCACUGCAGGAUGAGAGUGUUCUGCUCCUCAGAGCCCUCAUGGACAUCAACAUGGCCAAGUUCCUCACACAGGACGUGCCCCUCUUUCAGGGUAUAAUAUCAGAUCUGUUCCCCGGAGUGGUGCUGCCUAAUCCAGAUUAUGAGCUACUACUGAAAGCUCUGAAGGAGAACAUCACCAAACUUCAACUCCAACCUACACCCUGGUUCAUUAGCAAGAUUAUACAGGUGUAUGAGAUGAUGGUGGUGAGACAUGGGUUUAUGAUUGUCGGGGAGCCGUUGGGAGGGAAGACGUCCGCCUAUAAAGCUCUGGCAGGAGCUCUGAAAGAUCUCUAUGAGGGGGGUGUGGUAGAGGAGUUUGCCGUACAUUUCCGUAUCAUUAACCCGAAGGCGAUCACCAUGGGUCAGCUGUACGGCUGCUUUGACCCUGUGAGUCACGAGUGGACGGAUGGUGUCCUAGCAACCACGUUUCGGGAGCAGGCUCAGAGCAUGUCGGACAAGCGGCAGUGGAUCGUGUUCGACGGGCCUAUCGAUGCUGUCUGGAUCGAGAACAUGAACACCGUCCUGGACGACAACAAGAAGUUGUGUCUGAUGAGCGGUGAGAUCAUCCAGAUGAGUGCUAAGAUGAGUUUGAUUUUUGAGCCAGCUGACCUGGAGCAGGCCUCUCCAGCCACUGUCAGCAGGUGUGGGAUGAUCUACAUGGAGCCCCAUCAGCUGGGCUGGACUCCUCUCAGACUGUCCUACAUGGACACACUACCAGAGAGUCUGGGCCCUGAACAUCGGGAACUAAUUGUGGAUCUGUUUGAGUGGCUUGUGCAGCCGUGUUUGGAUUUCGUAACCCAUGGCUGCUGUUUCCUGGUCCAGACCUCGCCCAUUCACCUGGCCCACAGCCUCAUGAGACUGUACUCCUGCCUGCUGGAUGAGAUUGCGGCAUCAGGGAAGGAUGGGGUGGAGUCUAUGUCCAGUCAGCAGAUGACCAUGUGGCUGCAGGGUCUGUUCCUAUUGGCUGUGGUGUGGACUGUGGGUGGGACCAUUAAUGGGGACAGCAGGAAGAAGUUUGACGUUUUCUACCGGAACCUACUGACAGGAACCAUGGAGGAACACCCACGACCGAGAAGUGUCAAACUCACCAAGAAUAAUGUCUUUCCUGAGAGAGGCCUGGUGUAUGAUUACUACUUCCAAAAGCAGGGAUCAGGGCAAUGGAAUAUAUGGACUGACUCCAUCACUAAGGAGGAAAGCACCAUACCAGCAGGAGCUAAUGUGUCUGAUCUGAUUGUCCCCACCAAGGAGACAGCCCGGCUGCUCUAUCUGCUGAGGACGUACCUGUCUCACGAGGUGCCCGUACUGUUUGUGGGUCCAACAGGGACGGGCAAGUCCAUCAUCAACACCAGCUUCCUGCUGUCGCUGCCCGAAGAGCGCUACACACCCAACUGCCUCAACUUCUCCGCCCAAACCACCUCCACCCAGGUGCAGGACACUGUCCUGGCCAAACUGGACCGCAGACGGAGGGGAGUGUUUGGACCAGCCGUAGGCAAGAAGUGUGUUGUCUUUGUGGAUGACCUGAACAUGCCAGCAAAGGAGAUUUACGGGGCACAGCCCCCCAUUGAGCUCCUGAGGCAGUGGGUGGAUCACCAGCACUGGUAUGAUACGAAGGACACGUCCAGGCUGGACAUCGUAGAUGUACUGUUCGUUUCUGCUAUGGGGCCACCUGGUGGAGGAAGGAAUGACAUUACAGGGCGUUUUACGCGUCAUUUGAACAUUGUGUCCAUCGACUCAUUUGAUGACGAGACUCUCACUAAGAUCUUCACUACCAUCACUGACUGUUACUUCAGUAGAGGGUUUGAUGGCUCCUUCUACAGGUUGGGUAAGGUCCUGGUCCAGACUACCCUGGCGGUGUAUAAAGAUGUGCUGGGGAGGUUUCUGCCCACUCCCUCUAAAUCUCACUACAUAUUUAACCUGAGAGACUUCAGCAGGGUCAUUAAAGGAGUGUUGCUGUGUCCACACACACACAUGCAGGAGGGUAAUAAACUGAUCAGGUUAUGGAUCCAUGAGGUGUACCGUGUGUUUUAUGAUCGUCUGAUCGACACUGAUGACAGGGAGACAUUUUUCCACAUCGUAAGAGAGAGAACAGCUGACUACUUUAAGCAGAGCCUGGACAAGCUCCUUUGUCAUCUCUCUCCGACCGGAAAGGUUUUGGACGAGAACAUCCGCGGUCUGAUGUUCGGCAGCUACGGUGGACGGGAUGCCGACGCGAAGCCGUACGACGAGGUGACGGACGUGCGACUCCUGGCUGAGACGAUGGAGCUCUACCUGGAGGAGUUCAACGCCACCAGCAAGGCCCCCAUGAGCCUGGUGAUGUUCCGGUCCGCAAUCGAGCAUGUGUCGCGCGCCUGCCGUGUGCUCGGCCAGCGCGGUGGGCACCUGCUGCUGGUUGGCGUCGGGGGCUCUGGACGCCACAGCUCUGCCAGGCUUGCCAUCUUUAUCAGAGACUACGAGCUCUUCCAGGUGGAGCCGAGCAGGAGCUACAGCGUGGCAGGCUGGCGUGAGGAUCUGAAGCGCGUCAUGUGGCUCGCGGGCGUAGAGGGCAAGAGGAUGGCCUUCCUGCUCAGCGACAGUCAGAUCAAAGACGAGACCUUUGUGGAGGACGUGAACGUGCUGCUCAACACGGGAGAUGUGCCCAAUGUGUUUGCGGCGGACGAACGCGCCAUCAUCGCGGAGAAGAUGCAGGCUGUGGCCAGGAUGGAGGGCAGGAAGACAGAUGCCACACCCCUGAGCAUGUACAACUAUUUCAUCAACAGAGUCAGAGACAACCUGCACAUCAUACUGGUAAUGAGUCCGAUCGGCGACGCUUUCCGGAAUCGUCUGCGAAUGUUUCCUUGUCUGAUUAACUGCUGCACGAUCGACUGGUUCCAGGCCUGGCCCACCGACGCCCUCGAGAUGGUCGCCAACAAGUUCCUAGAGGACGUGGAGCUAGAGGACCACAUCAGGACAGAGGUGGUGGAGAUGUGUAAGACAUUUCAGGAGAGCGUGCAGAGACUCUCUGAGCGCUACUACUCAGAGCUCCGUAGGCACAACUACGUCACGCCCACCUCCUACCUGGAGCUCAUCCUCACCUUCAAGAAGCUGCUCGCGGCCAAGCGCACUGAGGUGGACACGUCCAGGAGCCGCUACCUGGCCGGCCUGCACAAGCUCGAUUUCACCGCUUCUCAGGUAGCACUGAUGCAGCAGGAACUAACAGCCCUGCAACCUGAGCUGAUUCGAACCUCAUCUGAGACCAAUGAGAUGAUGGUGAAGAUGGAGAAGGAGACUGUGGAGGUGGACGCCAAGAAACAGCUGGUUGCCGCCGACGAGGAAGUAGCCAAUCAGGCUGCAGCAGCCGCGAAAGCCAUUAAGGAUGAGUGUGAGGGUGAUCUUGCUGAAGCCAUGCCUGCCCUGGAAGCUGCUCUUUCAGCCCUGGACACCCUGAAGCCUGCUGACAUCACGGUGGUGAAGUCUAUGCAGAAUCCCCCCCCUGCCAUCAAACUGGUCAUGGAGUCCAUCUGUGUCAUGAAGGGCAUCAAAGCAGAGAGGAAACCUGACCCUGGGGGCUCAGGUAAGAUGAUCGAGGAUUACUGGGGGCCAUCCAAGAAGUUGCUGGGAGACAUGAAGUUUCUGGAGAACCUGAAGGCUUUCGACAAGGACAACAUUCCUGCCGCCCACAUCAAGAGGAUUCGCGAGAAGUUCAUGGACCACCCAGACUUCCAGCCAUCGCUGAUCAAAAACGUGUCGUCGGCCUGCGAGGGCCUGUGCAGGUGGGUCCGCGCCAUGGAGGUGUACGAACGCGUGGCCAAGGCGGUCGCCCCGAAGAGAGAGCGCCUCCGUGAGGCAGAGGCAGAGCUGGCGGUGCAGACGCAGACGCUGGUGGUGAAACGCGGCGAGCUGCAGGCCGUCGUCGACCGCCUACACACGCUUGGCGACACUCUGGCAGACAUGAUGCGCAAGAAGAAGGAGCUGGAGGACAACAUCAAGCUGUGCUCGCAGAAGCUGGUCCGGGCGGAGAAGCUGAUUGGUGGGCUUGGCGGAGAGAAGGACAGGUGGACGGAGGCGGCGCGGCUCCUGGGCAUCAGGUACGCCAACCUGACGGGUGACAUGCUUCUGUCGUCGGGCACUGUGUCCUACCUGGGGGCCUUUACGGUAGAUUUCCGGGUGGAGUGCCAGCGAGAGUGGCACGCUCUGUGCCGGCGGAGGAAGCUGCCCUGCUCUGACAACUUCACCCUCAGCGGCACCCUGGGCAACCAGGUGGUGAUCCGGGCGUGGCAGAUCGCCGGGCUGCCCGUGGACUCCUUCUCCACGGACAAUGGCAUCAUCGCGUCCAACUCACGCCGCUGGCCCCUCAUGAUCGAUCCACAGGGCCAGGCCAACAAAUGGAUCAAGAACAUGGAGAACGCCAACAGGCUGUCUGUCAUCAAGCUCUCCGACAGCAACUACGUCCGCACCUUGGAGAACGCCAUCCGGUUGGGGACGCCGGUUCUCCUGGAAAACGUGGGCGAGGAGCUGGACGCCAUCUUGGAGCCGGUCCUCCUGAAGCAGACGUUCAGGCAGCAAGGCGUGGAGUAUUUGAAGCUGGGCGAGAACGUGGUGGAGUAUUCCAGCGACUUCCGGUUCUAUAUGACGACAGGCCUGAGGAACCCACACUAUGUUCCGGAGGUGGCGGUGAAGGUGUGUCUGCUCAACUUCAUGAUCACCCCGCUCGGCCUGCAGGACCAGCUGCUGGGGCUCGUUGCCGCCAAGGAGAAGCCCGACCUGGAGGAGCAGAAGAACCAGCUGAUCGUGGAGAGCGCCGCCAACAGCAAGCAGCUGGAGGAGCUCGAGGACAAGAUCCUGGAGGCACUGUCCUCGUCCCAGGGCAACAUCCUGGAAGACGAGACGGCCAUCGAGGUGCUGUCGUCCUCCAAGGUCCUGUCGCAGGAGAUCUCGGAGAAGCAGCGCAUCGCGAGCGUGACGGAGCGGGAGAUCGACGAGACACGUCAGGGCUACCGGCCCGUGGUGGAGCACUCGUCCGUGCUGUUCUUCUGCGUCUCCGACUUGGCCAACGUGGAGCCCAUGUACCAGUUCUCGCUGAGCUGGUUCCUCAACCUCUACCUGCAGUCGAUCGCACAGAGCGCAGGCAGCGACCACCUGGCCGUGCGCGUCGCCAACAUCCUGGACCACUUCACUGCCGCCGUCUACAGCAACGUCUGCCGCGCGCUCUUCGAGAAGGACAAACUCCUCUUCUCACUCCUGCUCACCGUCGGGGUCAUGCGCGCCAAAGGUCAGGUGAACGACCUUGUCUGGCGCUUCCUGCUCACCGGUGGCGUCACCCUCGACAACCCGCACCCAAACCCUGCCCCCGAGUGGCUAACCGAAAAGGCGUGGUCAGAGGUGGUGUGUGCCUCCAGACUGCCGGGCCUGGACGGUUUGUUCCAGCACGUGGGGAACAACACUCCACUGUGGAAGCAGAUCUACGACUCGUCCAGGCCGUAUGCGGAGCCGCUCCCGGGGCCGUGGCGCUCCCUGCUGGGCUUGCAGCGUAUGGUGGUGCUGCGUUGCCUGCGGCCAGACAAGCUGGUGCCCGCCGUGCAGGAGUUCAUCGCCCAGCACAUGGGACGCACCUUCAUCGAGCCACCGACCUUUGACCUGGCCAGAAGCUACAGCGACUCCAACUGCUGUUCGCCACUCAUCUUUGUGCUGUCUCCAGGAUCAGACCCUACUGCAGGGCUGCUAAAGUUUGCAGAUGACCUGGGAAUGGGGGGCACUAGGACCCAGACGAUUUCUCUGGGGCAGGGGCAGGGCCCGAUCGCUGCCCGCAUGGUCGAGGUGGCACUAAGGGAUGGCACGUGGGUCGUCCUGCAGAACUGUCACCUAGCAACCAGCUGGAUGCCAAUGCUGGAGAAGAUCUGCGAGGAGACCAUCACACCAGAAAACACACACCCGGACUUCAGGUUGUGGUUGACCAGUUACCCGUCUGAUAGGUUCCCCGUGCGUGUCCUUCAGAACGGCGUGAAGAUGACCAAUGAGCCUCCUAAGGGUCUACGUGCGAACCUGCUGCGCUCGUACCUGAGUGACCCCGUCUCUGACCCCACCUUCUUCAGCACCUCCACCAAUCAGCACGUCUGGCAGAAGCUCCUGUUUGGCCUCUGCUUCUUCCACGCCCUGGUGCAGGAGAGGAGGACCUAUGGCCCACUAGGCUGGAAUAUCCCGUACGAGUUCAACGAGUCGGAUCUGCGGAUCAGCAUGCGCCAGAUCCAGAUGUUCCUGGAUGAGUAUGAGGAGAUUCCACUGGAGGCCCUCACCUACCUCACUGGGGAGUGUAACUACGGGGGGAGGGUAACGGAUGUUCAGGACCGUAGGCUGCUGCUGUCUCUGCUCUCCACCUUCUACAGCUGGGAGCUCAUCCAGCAGGAGAACUACCGAGUGUGUGAGGGAGACGUGUACCGCAUCCCCCCACACGGGCCCUACCAGAGCUACAUUGACUAUAUCCGCAGUCUGCCAAUCACAGCAGACCCUGAGGUCUUCGGUCUCCACAGCAAUGCUGACAUCACCAAAGACAACCAGGAGACCAAUCAGCUUUUAGAUGGAAUAUUGUUGACCCUGCCCAGACAAACAGGCGGUGGGGCCAAGUCACCUCAGGAAGUGGUAGAUGAAUUGGCGGAAGAUAUCCUGUCAAAGUUGCCGUGUGAUUUUGACAUUGAGAUGGUGAUGGUUAAAUAUCCCGUGAUGUAUGAAGAGUCCAUGAAUACAGUACUACGACAAGAACUCAUCCGCUUUAACAGGCUAACCCAGGUGGUGCGUAGGAGCCUGAUCAGUGUCCGCAGGGCUCUGAAGGGGCUGGCUGUGAUGUCAGCCGAGCUGGAGCGUGUCCUGGACAGCAUGCUGGUGGGGAAAGUUCCAGCAAUGUGGGCCGCCAAGUCCUACCCCUCGCUCAAACCGCUGGGGGGCUACGUCUCCGACCUGCUCACACGGCUGCGCUGCCUGCAGGAUUGGAUAGAUAACGGGCCUCCAUCAGUGUUCUGGCUGUCUGGGUUCUUCUUCACCCAGUCCUUCCUCACUGGAGUGUCUCAGAACUUUGCCCGCAAACACGCUACCCCUAUUGACUACAUUGGCUUUGAGUUUGAGGUGAUGAAGCAGGAGACUCAUAUGGAACAGAGGCCGGUGGACGGGGUAUUUGUUCGCGGUCUCUUCCUGGAGGGGGCGCGUUGGGACCGGGAGCACAUGGUCAUCGCUGAGUCCUCCCCCAAAGCCCUGCUCGACUCUCUGCCCAUCGUCUGGCUGAAACCGGGUGAGAGCUCCAGAUUCCUGCAUGAAAACAUCUACGCGUGUCCUGUGUACAAGACGAGCGCGAGACGCGGGACCCUCUCCACCACGGGACACUCCACCAAUUAUGUAUUAUCCAUCGAGCUGCCGUCUGACCGGCCACAGAAACACUGGAUCAACCGCGGAGUGGCCUGUCUGUGCCAGCUAGACGACUGA